GACUCACAGUUGUUUUCGAAUGGUACAUGUUUCUAUUUGAUGCCGGCGAAAAUACCACAAGAUUCAUGUAGGAAACAAGACUACGCAACCUUGAAAUUCAACGGCAAGUCUAAAGGUGAUUUUAUUAUCUAAGAAUGACGUUGAUUUUGGUGAUUUUCUGUAUCUGACUGCGUUUAUGGCCAUUGCCACAUCCGCUUCCUAAAGGAUAACUAAUGCAUGGCUUAAGAUCACACUUCGGCAGAUACACUGAAAAUAUUGCUUGGGAGUUUUUCCUAGUGGUGGGAGUUUCUUUCGAGCUUAGAGGCUAAAUGAGGAACACACGGGUCUUCAAAAUUCGUGUCAAAGUGACAGAUACUCUAUUAUUUACUAGCGUCGGCCAUUUUCGUAUAUCAAGUACGAGUACAGCUGCCUCUUGUGUUGCACCGUUGAACGCCAUCCUCUGGAUAGUUAGGAGUCAAGUUGAAGAUAGCACAGUUUAAAAGGGGCCAGAGUCUAGACUAAUCGUUUUUUUGAGAACAAAUUUGCUGUUACCUACGUCAUGUAGGACUGCUAUUUUAAUGUUCAAUUGUUUUGUCUUCAAUGAUUUGUCUGAAGCCCCGGCGAUCCUCUUCGACGGCCUGGAAUAGUUGUCCAUCAUGAAUUACUCUUAUCAUAAAGAAGAACUAGACAUAGUAUAUUCUGAUGUGAAAUCUAAUAACAAUAAGCAAACAAUAAACUUAUCUUUUGUGGCAUUAAUGCAUUUUCUAACCAUUGAUACCAGUAAUGGUUGAAUUUCUCAUGGUUAAUGCCAAAUUCGAGCGAUCCUAUAAUGUCAGGUAAUGAACAGAACUUGGCUUCGACGAGUUCAAUUAACACAUGUUUUUAUCUUACAAAUAAACAAAAAAAAUCCAUCACGCAACUUGAAAUUAUCGAUUUUGGCUGAGCAAAAUUGGACUCGGUAGGUUAAGAGGUUAGCGAGGUUUCGGUUUCAAGAAACUUAAGCUUUAUAAAAAUCUUAGUCUUACUUUACUUUGAUGAUGUACGAAAUUCGAAUUAAAUGACACACAUCACGCUACCUUGUAACGAAGGAAAAUUCUUUUCGGCUUCGCUUGGUCGUGUACUAUGCGGAAUUUACCAUCCAUGGCGUAAAAAGGAAAGGAAACGAGGUUUAUUAAUGAGUUUAACGUUUGUUUAAAUAUUGGAGGAUUUGGGUAAAAUGUAAGUACAGAGAUUAACAGAGAUAUUUCUUUGAUUUCCUUAGGUAAUACCGAUAAAAGACGCUAUGCAAGACUCAAGGCAUUCCUAUCUUCCCAGCAUCGUUGUAAUGUUAUUUCUCACGAGAUUAGGUAAGGCUCUCUUUAUUUGUAAUGUAGUAACUUUUGCUACGAUAUGUUGUUUGAAUACAGGAACACACAUUCGGAGUAAAUAGGGUUUUGGCUAAUUUGUAAUGUUCUAAAGGAAUUUUGCAGAAAUCUGUUUAAUAUUGUCGCGUGUCGCUUUCAGAUUAUACAGUUCGUGUUCAUAGUUCCUUCAUUUAAUCCUCGUUCUGUGAUAAAAUUCGUUUCAUAAGGGCUCGUGAGAUAAGGUGAUACCAUUUGAAGCCGAUUGUUUUAAAAGAAUUCUCUGGCGCUUGGCUCCUGGCACGCGUUCAAGUUUUAGCCGCAGAUAAAAUUUACUGUGAUCGCCGCUGUUACUUAUAACCUCCAACACGUAUAUAAAAAAUGUUUCGUUUCAUAUUCAAUAGAAAUGUGUUUUAUCAUAAUAGCUUUGUGCUCCCUCAACAAACCAAUAUAUAACUAAAACUAUUUAACCUUUUCAACUGAUUAUUGUAAUUUCAUUAGGGUUUGUGGUUAUUAUUUGCUAAACGUGCUGUUCAGCUUUACUUGUUCCAAAUUUCCUUUGAGGCGCUAACGCGGUUGGGGUAAUCCAAAAGCUUUGUUAAAUUAACAUAUCAUUUUCUAUUCCUUGUUUGAAAUAAAGGAAAGUUUCUAAAUACUAACUCAAUCUCUCAUAUAUAUAAUAUGCUGUUAUUUGACAAAAAAAUUACUUUACCCUCAAAAAGUAAGUACUUUUGUUUUAAGGAGAACAAAAGUACAACAGCUAUCGGCAAAGAAUGUUUUUGAACAGAUAUGUUAGGAUAUUUCCUUGUAAUUAUAGUCCUUUCAAAGCCAGUGUGUAGUGACAGGUGUUUUCCAGCUGUUUGGGAAUUAACAAGAAGUAUCCAAUCAUAAUACACUCCAUGGGCCAAAUUUCAUCAAAUGGUUGAGUAACAUAUUUAAGAAUUUGAUAUGACUCUUCUAUUAUUUCACCAAGACUUGAAUUUUAUGUUAAUAAAAGGUACAGGUUUAACCUGUGGACUAAAUUAAAACAGGAAGACUAGAUGAUUUAGAAGUCCCCCAUUUCACCCGUGUGAAAAAUUGACAAAUUAUCAAGAUAAGGGCAUGGAAAUGGAUUGUAAGUGGGUGUGAAUGGAAGAGCCCAAACCAGAUGUCGUAUAGCAUACUAUGUCAGAGGAUUGUUUUGAUAUAUUUUCCUCAGUAUUGUGUUUGUUACUCCUCUAUGAACAUGUCUUAUUUUCAGAUUGCAAGUUAUAGAUUUAAGUCUCAAUCAAGGUAUUCUUGACCAAAAGGUAACAUUGUAUUAUUGUUUUCCGGAAGCAAAAUUGUCAAACAUAUCUUUCCAGCUUCCAUUUCUUAAAUGAUAAUAAUUAUAUUUAGAAUAAUAAUGAAUCUUUACUUAUUUGAUAAAACUUGAUCAAAUAUUAAAAUACAUAAUUAACUAAAAUAUUUCAAAAUAAUCGCUUGCAAUAUAAAAAUGUGCUUAUUUAAAUCUAAAAACCUAUUUACUACAAAAUCUAUUUUUAAAACAUUUCUUUUGUAUUUUUAGAAGUUAACAAGAGCUAUUUUAAUCACACAAAGCUGCAGACUGAUACCUGGACUUGAUCAAAAUAAUUUUUAGCCUUUGUCGGCUUGUGUUUUUUAUGAUGGGCUACCAAAAAAGUACUAGGAGAACACUGAUUUUUAGGAUACUAAGGAAGGAUAAAUACAGACAGACUGGUCUGGUUGCAUAAUUCAAUUACAGACUAAAUUUUAAGGCUCUUAGAACAAGUAGAGGUCAAAAAAAAGAACAAGCCAUGUCUAAAUUGGUAUCCUUUGGUUUAAUUUAGAGUUUACCAGAACAUUUCAAUGUGUGUCAUAAGGAAGUCUUCUCACACAUCAUUAUUUUUAUGAUUUUAUGUCAAUUUGUUAAAGUUAGAUUGAAUGUCAAAAGUAUACCAUGGCCAUAUAUGGUAUCAGACUUGCAGAGACUGAACUUUGUUUUUGGAAAUUUACCAGGCUUUUAAUCUGUAUGGACAUGCAGUUGGUGAACACUUUGUAAAAAUCAGUACUAUUAUAAGUGAAUCAGUCAAUCAAUCAUCGAUUCUGUAUCGAGGCGGUACUUACCAAACCACACGCAAUGUAAGUGAGUGCGGCACAUGCCUGUGGAUCACAGGUGUCAAGGACAUGCACAUAAGACACUUUUUCAUGCAUGACCUGGAGACAACUGAGGAUUAUUUGAUGUUAAAAAAACCAUAAUCCGAAAAAAGAGUGCAUUCAGUCAAGUGAAUGGUGCCAGGGCUUUGAUUCAGGUACCAGUAUUGCUGAUCCAAAGUCAUGCAUUUUCCUGUCUCUCUUUGCCAAGGAAUUUUUUAAGGAAAAAUUCAUCAGAUUUGCAACAUACAGGCAUUAAAUACCUUUCAAUAGUUAAUUACCAUCUUCAGGAUGUUGAAAAUUUGCUGUCAUUGCUAAUUUUUCAGGUGUCAAACAUCAUGUCAGGGCUUCAUUUCACAGCUUGCAAUGCACAUCACUCAAUGUAUAUUGAAGUGCUCUAUUCAUGUGAUCGAAAUUCAGUUAUAUUAUUCAUGAAAUUGACAGCUGUAAUUUAUCCAUAUGAAUACUUGUGUUUCUUAAAUUUUGAAUGUCGCAAUUUGUAGGGAUAGAAAGAAUGGUGCCCAUUUGGCCGUUGUAGAAGCCAGAAUAACAAAAAAAAAAAGCAUUUGCUGCAUCCAUAAUUUUUAGGUUAGCGACAACUAAGGAAUGUAAGAAAGAAAAAAAAAAUGGCUUGCAUACCUUCAAAUUAAAGAGAUCUGUCUUUUAAGUUGUAAUUUCCGGCUUCCAAGCAUACAGUGUUUGUAAUGAUUUCCGUGAGUUUUGCCAUGUUUGGAAAAAUGAAAACAAAUUUGUGAAGCUCUUCUGUCUUGUUGUCAGGAAAUCCCUACUUUCUUAGGGUAACAGCUUAAAUAGUCAUGUGGCAUUUGAACAAGAUGCCUCCAUGAUUCAACAUCUGGCAAGGAUACAUUGCAUUCGGCAUCCUUUGAAAUUUGCAACUUUGCCAAUGUGGCAAAUUGCAUUUUCAGAAUGAUCGCAACUCAUCAGAAUUUUUAGGGGAGAAAUCAAGGCAGCAUUGAUAGGAAAAUCAGACUUGUCUGACUUACGACAAGUUGGUAGGUAUGUUCAAGCCUGCAAGUAAUUUUUGUCUUUUGCAAUUCUCCAAGCCACUGAGUUGUUUUUAGUGGGCAAGACAUUGUUCAACUCAAUGUUUGAAUUGUAACUGUAAUUGGAAAGUGGAAUGAAUACCAGACCCUUCCUUGUUGGAUCUUUAUUUGACAUUUAGACUGCAAUUCUGUUAGUCUUCAUCAAGCAAUAAGGGCGAUUGUUUAUGUGCAGCCAUUUGUAGCAUGUUGGUUCACUGCUAUUGGUGCAUUUUGAUCCUCACAAAUAGCGACAUGCAAAUAAUCAACCUCAUUACCUGAUGAAGACUAGCAGUAUUGCAGUCUAAAUGUUGCAAUCAACAUCCAAAGUGACUCCAUUGUGAGACAAACAAAUAAAGUUCAUCUCCUAUCUUACACCACAAUGAACAAUAAACACAUUUUAAUUGACAUAUUUUUUGUAUUGUGAUCACCAUGGUAAGAGUGUUUGAUCUAGCCAAAUGUUUGCUCAUCAAAACCAGAAGUUUAUGGGAUAUUUGUUUGUUGACUGGCUUUUAUUUGCUGGCUUUAUAAACAAAAUACUUGAAUGAACAAAUAUGAACAUAUUCUGUACUUGUCAUUGACUUUCAGGGGCCUCACAGAACGUAGACAAUGAUGUUGCCUCAGAAACCAUGCCUGGUCCCAAUAACAAAGAAGCUGAUGACUUUUUAAAAGGGCUUUUGCAAAAGCCCAACUCCAAAGGAAGUCCCAAAUACCAUAUGUCAUCAGCUGAUGAGUUGAAUGAAGUGGUCAACACAAGAUUCAGGAAAGAAAUGGUUGUGUUGUUCUCAAGGCUUUCUGAGACUUACCAAUGUAAAAUACUUUCGGCUGUGCAGAAAAAAACACACUGUAGUAUGCCAUCUCUCAUUAAACCUCUUUCCAACCUGACAGAGAUGAAGCAUCCUGUAAAUGUCAGCUGUCUUCUCAAGGGAAAAAUGAAACUGAAGGAAUGUAGCUUUGCUCAUAAAACUUUCAUUGGUGAUGUCUUCAGCCACAAGCUUUUGGAUUUCUUUGCAUCACUUCCGGCUGCUUUUAAAUGCCAUGUUAUUAACACCAUUGCAUUGGCAUACAACAGGCAGCGUAGACGACAUCUUGCAUCUUCCAUCUCUGUCAGUCAAGUUCAAAAAGCUCUAGAGGACAUCUUUCCAUCUGUUACACUGGGGAACACUUGUGCUGAUAUAGAAAUGGAUCACUUAAUACCAUCAAUUCCUCCAGUCAAUAUCACAGUGAAUAUGGUAGGCAUUGAGAGGGAGUCCUGGCUAAAGCAUUUCUCAAAGACAGGUCCUGAUAUCUACAAGGCAUUCCUAGGGUAUGACUGGGAGACUCGACGAGGAAAAAUGCUCGGUUCUCCAAGCACUGCUAAAUAUUUAGCAGAGAAGACAGAAGAGAUAAACAGCGCUCAGCUUUCCAUUGUAGGAAAAGAUGGUCAUGAUGUUGCUUUUUCAGUACUGUUUUUAUUAAAAGUGAAGAGGAAGCAAUCCGAGCGAUUGCGUGAGAUACGGUCAACUUACAAGAUUGUACAGGCUUUAAAAACAAAGACUGAGGAUGAGCUACAGGAAAUUUUCAAUGCAACCAUCAUUAACAUUGGUUUAAGUGGACAGAAGUCUAACAUAACCAAAACCUCAUCAAAAACCAACACUUGGACACUGAAUCAAGUUAGCAAAGCAAAGCGUUUGUUUCCAGUUCACUUGUCUGGAUAUUACAAGGAACUGAGUAAAGCAGCGAGGUGUUUCAUUGUGCUUUACAUGUCACAUCAAAUCAAGAAGAGUCCCCAAGAAGCUGAAAUGUUCUAUGUCUCUUUGAGGCUUAUAUCAAGGAAGCACACAUGUUAUUAUACUUGGAGAAAAGGCCCUACUGAUGAUCCUGGCAGCAUAAUACCUGAGCGUUUUACCGCAAAAGUGACGCAGGCUCCAGUCUCGAAUAGCACAGGAAUACCAACAAAUGCCACAAUUAGCACUCUUAGUGCGAAUACCAUAAAUGAUGUUUCUGCCGCUAAGGUCCAUACAGAUGACUUCUCUUCUUUGGAAAUUGUACUUUUUGCACUGCUAGGAUUUCUUUGUUUUUCUGUUUUGGCGUUUACAGUUAACUGUGUAUUAAUGGCUGUCAGAGCAAAUGGAAGAUUUCAAAAGAAUGGUGCUGCAAAAACUGUGCUUCCAACUGGGAUGAGUCAUGAAGAUGGUACAAGUCAUGGUGGAAAUGGUUCUUCUCGGAUUUCUGAAAAGAAAGAGAGUUCUCAUCUUCCUGUUGCAGUGGAAACUAAAACAGGCCUUGGCAAGAUUUGUAAAAGUUUGCAGUGUGUUUCUCUUUCAGCAUCACAGAAAGCUAAUGACAGACUCAAAGUAAGAACUUGUUUAUCUCAAAGCUGUCCUAGUGCUCAAAACACCUCAGAAAAUAGAACAAACCCUAGGAUUCGCUCAGAAAAUGCGUAUUGUGUGGGUUAUUCAGCAAAAUCAAAAACAUUCAAGACAUUGUCAGGUGUAGAAAGAGACAGAGAAAGGAAAGACUCUUCAUCAGAAUCAGAGAGAAGGUCCUUGAAGUGUGACACUCAAAGCUCCAAGAGAGAGCUUGAUAUUCACAGUAUGAAGGACAAUGAUAGAAUUUUAGAGUCGCAAGGUAGAGCCAUAAGUUACUGUAGUAUAUCUGAUGCAAGUUGCAGAGGACAGCCACCUUGUGUUACACAAAGUGGUUGUCUGCCAUCAGAACAAUCCCAUGAAACAGUUGUUGUUUUGUUAGAUUGUGCAGGAUUGAAGGAAGCGCAGGUUUGACCCUGGCCGGCCCCACUGUCACUGCUGGAAUCAUUGCUAUAUUUAAUGAGAUUGUUGAAAUAUAAAUUUAAUUAUUUAAUUAUAACGUACUUGACCUUGUUGGUACAAUUAAGGAAAGCUGCCAGACCCUUUUAUCCAACAGAUGUAUACUCUUUUGAAGGUCAAAUUGGUCCUAAAUGUUUUUUUUAACUUCAAUGUGGCAAGAUUUUUACUCAGUGCUUGGGCCUUUAGUUCAUUAUCUUAGAAUGAAUGAGGUGAGUUUCAUUUGCACAAAAAGUUCUCUGUGGAUCCAACAAUAUGACUUUAUUGACAAGAAAGAAAGAAAAUAAUUUAAAAACUUGUCACUACUUUACUCAAUGGCCAAUUCUUUGUUUGGAAAUUGUUUCCCCAAUUAAGGCCAAGAAUAGUUAAAUUUAUUACCCUCUUGCAAAGAUUGGUUCUUGGAGUAUUGUCUAAUAUCCAUUACAUUAUAUCUCCAUGUAAGGUUUUGGUCUGAGAAUGAUCAACAGGGGGGAGGGGUGUGGUAGAGAGCCAUGAGCUUCACCUCCAUCACCCACCUCUUCCUUUCUUGACAUCACCUGUCAGAUCUCAAGGUAAUAUUUAAUUUUUUUUUAUUUGUAAACCAAAGGAAUGUUUAAAAUGUAUUAUCAGUAAAGUUUUAGUAAUUGUUGUGAAACUUUUUUAAAUACUAAAUGUUUAUUCAGAACUCCAAGACCAUCUCUAGUGAUUGUCUCCCACACUAUUCUGCCAUUCUUGGUGGCAGCAGCAUUCCAUUACAAGCCAGCUGUUGUUUUACUUGUUUGUACCAGCCAAAUUUAGUAAACCACGGCAAUAACAAGCCAUUUUUUCAUCCGGUAUGGAUUAGGGAAGAUUUAGUCUAAUUUGGUUUUAUUUUUUUCUGCAAUCAGCUACAAUCACCUUUACUUCUCUUCAUUAACUUUUUUUUGUUUUCUUGGAUUGUUAUCUUCUCUUGGAUUAUUAUUUCUAGUAAAUGUAGCCAGUAUGGCCCCUUGCACUUGUGGUUGUGAGUCAUUUUAUUGUAGUCAUCUUGCCCCCAAACUGUAUGACCUUGCCUUAAGUGUAGUCAAUGUUGCCUCACAUGAAACUAAAUGAAGUUAUCAAUUUUUUCACUCAGUGAUGCAACAAACUUGUCACCACUUGCCACCAAAUGGCUAUCACUGGUAUGAUUACAGACUGAAUUGGACUCCAGUCAGUCCUAUCACCAUUCCAAAUUGGACUCCACUUUAUAGUCUUACUAUAAGCUUUUCCUUAGUAGCUAUCUUAGUGGAAUUUAUUGGCCUCAAGUGUCAAAAGCUAUGGUGAUCCUUAGGCUGUGUUUUUACACAGAUAAAACCUUUUAUUUUUGUAGCAUUUCUCUCACAUGUGCCAGCAGGAUAAAAUAUCAGGAAGACGCCAGCAAAAAGAUUAAACACACUGUAAUGCUACUUUACAGAAAUCAUAUCUGUAAAUAAGUGUCUCAGUUGUAAGGGUUAAAAUCAGAUCUAGAGUCAGAGUAACCUAAUCAUUAUGAAAUUGUCUCUAAAAUGUUUAAAACUUGAUCCUGUAUGUCCUCACUUUGAAGGCACUUCAGUACUCUAGGUGCUCAAACACAGCUCCCUCUGUUGAUUGUUCGAACAGAUCACUAAGAGAUGGACAAAAGAGGAGUGAUACUUUCUCAUGUCUCAUAUUGGCCAUGUUGCUAUGGAAAACUCAUGAUGGUUACCGCUGUAGACAAAUUUUAAGCUC